UCUAAGGAAUGAAAUAGCUUCAAGGAAGAGCCAUUGUAAAAUCGCGGAGAGCUGAGGAAAGAGGAACAGAAACAGAAACAGGAAGAAAGGAGUAAGAGUAGGAGUAGCAGGAGCGUGAUAUUUUGUUAUUCGAAAGAUUCUCUCCUAAAAAAAUCUUUGAUUCUUACCGAGUAAACCGCCGAUUCUCAAAAAGAAAAAUAAAUAAAAGGCAAGGAUUUUGAACCAGAAACAAUUAUAAUGGUUCAGCUAAUGAACAAUUCUUCUACUAGAAUUAUAAAGAAAUCACCAGUCAAGCUCGAACUGGACGAUUCCUCUUCAUUAGAAGAUCAACUAGGUCCGCUUCACAAACGUUCAAAACUUGACUACUCUUCCUCUUCCUUACAGAUGAUACCAGCUGCUUCUUUGUCUAAUCCACUUGAGGAGCCAAGCCCUUUAGGUUUGCGUCUCAAGAAAAGCCCUUCCUUUUUGGACUUAAUACAAAUGAAACUUUCUCAAGCAGCAAAUAAUCCCAAUAGCAAGAAAGAUCAAAAGACUGCUGUUAUUACUGCUACUGAUAAGCUCAAGGCAUCUAAUUUUCCUGCUACCCUUUUGAGAAUUGGGAAUUGGGAGUAUAAAUCAAGACAUGAAGGAGAUUUGGUUGCGAAAUGUUAUUUUGCAAAGCAUAAGUUAGUCUGGGAAGUUCUUGAUGGCGGUCUUAAGAAUAAGAUUGAAAUUCAGUGGUCUGAUAUUGUGGCUAUCAAGGCUAAUUUUCCCGAUGAUGGACCUGAAACUUUGGAUGUUGUGUUGGCUAGACAGCCGCUUUUCUUUAGGGAGACUAAUCCACAACCUAGGAAGCAUACUUUGUGGCAGGCUACUUCAGAUUUUACUGGUGGACAAGCUAGCUUACACAAGCAACAUUUUCUGCAGUGCCAACAAGGCUUCUUAGGAAAGCAUUUCGAAAAACUUAUUCAGUGUGAUCCUCGUCUCAACUUUCUUAGUCAUCAGCCAAAAAUUUUGUUGGAAUCCCCGUACUUUGAGCAAAGGCUUCCUCAAUUUGGUGACUUGAAUGAAUCUGCUGAGGUGCUCGAGCCAAAAGCUGAGGAGAGACCUGCUGUCUUUGCUUUAGGGGAUGCAGCUUCUCCAGUUCUUUCAUCUUCCUUGAGUGAUGAACACCAAUUUUUCAUUGGCAGGACCCCAGAAAGUAUUUCUAGGGAAACUCCAUCGCCUAGCUCAGAUGCCUAUGGAAUCAAAGAAUUCAGGAGUCUCAGAGCAGACAGACAGAUGACGCCAAGCCAUUGGAAUCAAAUCAAGGUGCCUGGACUUCAUCAAUCCAUGUCGAUGAGCGACUUUGUGAACCACAUUGGGCAAUGCAUUUCAGAACAGAUGACCACCGGUAAUCCUACUAUUUUGGAUGAUGAGACAAAGUACAAUGACAUUCUGGAGGAGAUUACUCAAUACUUGCUCAGCGACUACCAACUAACGUCAGCAUCAGACGAGCAGUCCCUCAUGUCAAGGGUCAAUUCUCUUUGCUGCUUACUCCAGAAGGAUCCUGGUUCAGCACGAAAUUUACAGGCUAGGAGUAGCAUUGAUCUUGAAAUAGAUGGUGAUGGGAGAAAAGGUGAAGCUAUAUCCAAUACUAUGGCAGCCUGCCAGAGUAAAGCUGCAGAUGGCUUUCCAUUGCCCGAGGAUCAGUUGGAUAAUGUAUCUAGCUGCAAGCAGGCACCGGCUAUGUCGAGGAAGGAUUCAAUUGGGGACCUGCUGCUUAAUCUUCCAAGGAUUGCAUCCCUACCCCAGUUUUUAUACAACAUAUAGGGAGAAGAUUUAAAUAAUCAAGUGGAAUGAAUGCCGAAUUCUGCUGCUGUCAACUGACCAUAGCUGGGAAUUAUCUGGUGGGAAUUAUCUCAUCGGAAUGUCAAUAUAGUGCUUUUAGUUUUUGUAAAUUUGUAGCGGUUUUGAGGAUUUAGAGAUUUAAUAUUGAUGAAGGAUCCUCCUAUGUUUAUAGUAGGAAAGUGUUGGCGCUUUAUUUGUACAUAAUUCUGAUAUCUUAACUGUUCA